AUGCAAGACAUCCGGGCCCGGGCCGCGCAGGUUGCUGCGCCGGCUCUGCCAUGUGCCACGGGGCCACCAGAAGCGCCGUGCACUGCACCGACAAAGACACCAGCUAGCAUUCAGGAAGAGGUUUGUGUGGCUGACCAACUCGCACGUCCACCACCAGUCGUGUACGGAACCGGCGGAACCUGGAUGGAGGUGUCUUUCCUUAAUGGCGACCUGACAGGCAGAGGCUACAAGACGAAUCCGUUGUGCAAAAAGCCUUGGACAAGCGAUGUGGUUGGGCGACCCAUCAUUGACACGACGGCCACACUUGUGCAGCGAGCUAUCCGUGUAGGCCACCCGAAGAACGGCAUGCUGAAUCCCAAGAGCGAUGUGGUGAUUCCGAGGUCAUGUGCGCGCCCAGUGCCGAAGAUAUUGCACUUCAUUUGGCUGUGUUCGCCUCUCUCUGAGACUCGAGCUAGACACGUUCAAGGAUUUGCAAUCAAGAAUCCCAACUACCGCAUUUUGUUCUGGACUGACACGGAGGUCCCACUUCUUUCGAAGAUGAUCCUGGAGAACGGAACAUCUGCACGCCCAGCCGGUGGCAUUGAAAGAAAGGACGCAUACUUGGAGGCGCAGUCCUUCCAAUCGCUCCGCGUGAUCCGGCACCUGGACACCUUUCAUGAGAACAACCGGAACCCAGGUGUCUGUGCCCUGAAGUCUCAUUUCUGGCGACUUGAGGCACCACUGAAGUACGGUGGCAUUUACAUUGACAUGGACCACGUGGCAACUCGCGGCUUCGACGAAGUCGGAGGUGAGCUUUGGCGAUGGCCCUUCGUCACGCACAAGGUAUGCGGUGCCAACAUUGGCAAUCACAUCUUCAGUGGUGACAAAGGCUCUGGAUUCUUGGAUUUUGCCAUCAAAGUCAUCAUGGAGCGUUGCGAGAAGCUGAGCUCCUGCAAUGUUCUGGAAGGCACGGGGCCGCCACCAUUCGCGAUGAGUGUUUUGCGGUACAAUGCCUCUGACAUGGCUUUCAUCGGAGAUCAGUUCUUCGGAAAAACUGGCAUAGCUGCGCACAAGGCGGAGCACUCGUGGAGGUGA